AUGAGCCUCCUUGAUGACGACUUCGAAGGCUAUUUACUUGGGGAAGUCCGGGCCGCAGAGGUGCACCCCUUCUCUGCGGAUUUUGGGGUUUCGCACCAAUCUACAGUGUCACCACUGUCACCACUGCUUACUAUCGUUCAUAACGGCUCGAUGGGGCGAUUUCACAGCGAACGGUCCAUUUCCAUAUGGUACCGUAGACGUGUUGUGACACUUUACGAAGUCGAUUCUAGCUGGUAUUCUCGAGAUGUCAGGAUUAACCCAGCAUAUGCCAUAAAGCUGAUCGCUGUGCAUACGUUUCGCUCCCUGGGGGAGCACGGCCGUGCCAGCCAAGUUCUGACUGCAGACCUUGCCCUCUCAGCGGGAUACAUGCUGCCCCCAUCCACUCAAGAAGCCGAAGUUGACAGUAUGUCUAAUCAUUCCCUCGAUGACGGAGAUUCCCUAGACAUGUUCGAAGACAUCACACGGGGGGGAGAGCACGAUGAAAUCGCUGUAGGGGGACCGAAUGAAGAGACCCAAGCGAGAUUUGCUGAAAGCGUGUUGAACGAGGGUGACGAACACAUCGGAGUCCCGCUACCCCUCAAUACGGGGCCCACUACGCGGUACUUUGGUCACCACACCAGGCAAAACGGCUCCGACGCACGCCUGGCAGGCCAUCCAUCCAUAACAUACUACUGCAUCAGGUCAAGGCGAACUGUAACCCUUGCGGUACCGCAGAGCUGGAAUUGGACGGGUGUCAUGCACCCUGGAAGAAUCAUCCAAUGGGCUAUUAUUCUGCUGUAUAAUGGCAUGGGCGGCGAAGGCGAUGUAGAAGCCCUCCUCGAUGACAACUUGUAUGCUCAAGCUUUAGAGCAGGAAGACGAGACGAACAUAGAUUCAGAGGUUGAGUGA